AUGUUCCGGAACGCGCGCCGUGCCACCCUCCUCCUCGCCGCCGGCGCCGCCGCAGCGGGAGCAGGAGCGGGCGGCAUCCUCGACCCCACCACGGCCGUCACCGUGUCUGCCUCCACGCCGCUCCGCCAUCUCCUGUCCACCGCAUCCACGGGACUCCUCUCCAGCAACCCCCUCUUCUCCCCGUGGCAAGGGAGGUUUCCUAUCAUAAUUUCCUUUGCAUCUGCAUUGGUUCCACCCACUAACCUGAGCAACCAAGGUUCUGGUGGAAACUCAGAUCAUUCGAGAUGUCUAAGCAGGAAUUCAAUUGCCGAGGCUGCAGCUGCAGUUGCUCCCUCUGUUGUGAACAUUUCUUUUGUGCAAGGUGUGAAUGUAGAAACUCAAUGGGCGCAAACUAAGCGCGUUGGAUCAGGAACUAUCAUAGAUCCAGAUGGAACGAUAUUGACAUGCGCCCAUCUUGUUCCAGAUACUGAAAGCACGAAAGCAGUCCUAAGUGGAAAGGUUACAGUGACUUUACAAGAUGGCCGUGAAUUUGAAGGCGUUGUUCUAAAUGCUGACUGCCACUCAGAUAUCGCUAUUGUGAAGAUCAAAUCCAGCACACCUUUACCAGCUGCAAGGCUUGGAUCGUCAUCUAAAAUUCUACCAGGUGAAUGGGUUGUUGCUUUGGGUUCCCCUCUUUGCCUACAGAACACAGUUACAGCUGGCAUUGUAAGUUGUGUUGACCGGAAAAGCAGUGAUCUUGGUCUUGGAGGAAUACGAAAGGAGUACAUACAAACAGAUUGUCCCAUUAAUGUGGGAAACUCUGGCGGCCCUCUUGCUAACCUCGAUGGUGAGAUCAUUGGAGUUAAUGUGUUGAAAGCUAAAUCUGGUAAUGGUUUGGGCUUUGCAGUACCAAUUGACUCUACUGUGAAAAUAAUGGAGCACUUCAAGAAAAAUGGGAGAGCUGUCCAUCCGUGGCUUGGUUUAAAAAUGCUUGAUCUUAAGCCAACGAUCAUUGCACAACUUAAAGAAAGAUCAAGUUCUUUUCCAGAUGUAAGGAAAGGUGUCCUCGUUUCAGUGGUUACACCAGGAUGCCCAGCUGAACGUGCAGGAUUUGCUCCUGGGGACGUAGUCACUGAGUUUGAUGGUAAACCGGUGGAAAGCGUGAAAGAGAUUAUUGACAUCAUGUGGGACAAGGUUGGAAGGCAAUGCAAAGUUCUUGUGCAAAGGGCGAACAAUGUAUCUGUGAUUUUGACAGUUACACCGGAAGAAGCAGAUGAUCAACAGUUAUCUGCUUGAGAUUAAUGAGCUAAGUGGAGAAUUUUCCAGUGCAACUAAAACUUUCGUUGGAAUUUAUUUUGUGUGUGGCCCGUAGACAUUCGAUUGAGUUGGAUGCAUGGCUAGGGUGGGUCCAGAAGGGAAAGAAACGUAGGCAAUAUAGGUAUGAUAGUGCAGUGUUGAGUUUGCAAAAAGAGUCUUUUGGAGCACAUU